CCAGCGACAAGCCCAGUAAAGACGCGCCAAGCGCGCGACGACUGACUCGGCUGCCCUCCGCCGCCGCAGCGGAGGCCGUGUCGCAGUGCCCACAGCGCGCUGCCGCGGCACCGGCACGGAAACAGGCGGCGUUACGUCACCAGGAGACCAUCAUGCCACCCCGCGCCUUCGCCGGGCCCCUCGGCGUGAACCAGGGCGAGGGCAUCCCGCCGCCCCGCGACUUGAUCACUUCCGACACGCCUCCAGGAACUCCUCGAGAUGACGACGACGACAUUACUGUAGCGUCGGUAUGUAACAUCGGCAUGCGGGGCAACAAGAAGGCCAUGGCCGGCGCCGUCCAGGUCAUGGACGAGUCCAUGACGCCGGAGCAGGGUCUGUUGAAUUUGAGGAGGAAGAUCGCCCUACAACUCAAGGGCGGCUCGCAUGGUCUGAUGCGGUGCUGGGUGCUGUUUAGGAACAGGUCUGGCUCCACGAAGCAAGGCAUUACGUUUGCGGAGUUCAAACGUGGACUAAAAUCCUACGCUAUCGACGCCCCGGAACGAGUGGCGAGGGAGAUGUUCAAUAGGAUGGACGCUUCCGGAGAUGAUCAUAUUCAGAUCAAGGAAUUUAUCGACCACGUCAUGGGCCGCUGGGACCCGUCGGCGAACGUGCUCGGGGGCCACAAGUCGGCGGCGGAGAUCGCGAGGAUCGGCAGAAUGGCUAAAAAUGUGAUGGUCAAGGACGCAGUUGAUGAUACGCUCACGGUGGAGCGGGGUCUCGUGAUGCUGCGGCAGAAGAUCGGCCAACGACUCGCUUCGGGUCCCGGUGGGUUGCUGCGGUGCUGGGUCAACUUCCGGCAGCGCGCCGGUGCCUCCAAGGAGGGCAUCACGGCGUCCGAGUGGGAGCGCGGCCUCAAGAUGUACGGCGUGCCCUUGAAUAAGGCUCGAGCUCGCGAAUUGUUCGACAGGAUGGACGCUUCUGGAGAUGGGUAUAUUCAAAUCAAAGAAUUUAUUGAUCAGGUCAUGGGGCGAUGGACGGCCGAGGCCAAUAUGCAUACCGGAGGGAAAUCUGAGGACGAGGUUAGAGGUAAGGACGGCGAAGGCAAACGGCGCGCGUCGCUCAUGGUCAAGGACAAGGUCGACCCGUAUAUGACUGUUGAGGACGGGAAGCUCGCCCUGCGACGGGUCAUCGGCCAGCGGUUGAAGUCCGGUCCCAAUGGUCUCAUGAGAUGCUGGGUCGAGUUCCGGAAUCGCGCCGGGUCGUCGAAGGAAGGUAUUUCUCGGAGCGAGUUCAAACGUGGAUUGAAGCUCUAUGGCAUCCCGCUGCACCCGUCCAAAACUGAUGAACUAUUUGAUCGGAUGGACGCGUCGGGCGACGGCUACAUUCAGAUCAAGGAAUUCAUCGACCAGAUCAUGGGCCGCUGGGACGCUUCCGUGAACGCGGGCGGCAUGGAGUCGGCCGGUACUGAUGGGUUAGGUAAUAGACUUACGGAAGGCAGGAAACGCGCCUUGGAAGCCGAGCAGCGGGCGUCCAAAAAGACGUUAGCUAUAGAUGCCGACGGCGCUCUCACUAUUUUACGGGCCAAGGUGUCGCAACGACUAAAACCGGGCGGCCACGGCUUGCAAAGGGCGUGGCGCGCGUUCCGCAAUUCAGGCGGCGGCGACCACGAGGGCAUUCCUCGCUCGGGUUUGGAUCGCGCUUUGCAUGCUUUUGGAUUACCAUUAGAUAAACCCACAACAGACGAAAUUUUCGCGCGGCUCGACGUUAAUGGUGAUGGCUUUAUCCACGAGCACGAGUUCGUGCGGGUCAUCAUGGGGCGAUCGAAGCUCAAAGCGAGACCUAGGAAGGAGCCUGAGAAGCCUCCUAUUGUCCUGAAGAAGCCUCCCGUGCCGAAGAAGAAGGCUCCUCCACCAGAGCCCGAACCGCUCCCCGAGCCGGAACUGCCUCCCUUGGAGCGACCUAGAACCGCCGACGACACGCCUAGAAGGCGGAAGUCGCCUCUGAAGAGGCCUGGUAGCGGUACGUCGCCGUACAAGCCCCAGGAACUGGCGCGGCCAUCCACAAGCUCCUUGACGGGCCGCUUCCAGUCCAAGGGCAAGCAGCCCGGAGCGGUGUUGAGAGAAAGGAUUCAAGCAUCGCUGGGCAAGCGCGGGCAGUUCCGCCGGCGCAACCCGGACCUCGCGGCGUUACAAGCGUACGACAUGCAAUGACCAAGACCCAUGACCAUCCCCGCGCACGACUCUGUUGCCUACCUGCCCGCGCGGCCCCGCUUAGCCCUUUUGCGUAAGGAAGCGGACCAAUUGAA